AUGACGAAGGAAACUUUAACCUCCGACAAGGUGAACUAUUUGAUCUGGAAGUACGUGUUUCCUCGUGAUCCAUUCAUUCGGUUUUCUUCUUCUUGUUUAGGUUACAGAGACACGGCUUGUCACCUUCAAAAAGAGUGGGACAUCAAACAACCACCACAAGAACUGCCAUUUGCGUGCAAUGUCGGAAGAUAUGCACUAGUCACGGUUUUGAACAAAGGUCUACUUUAUGAUGCAUAUACCAGAGAAGUUACAAGGUCAUUUCGACAACAACAAGGAGUCCCUCAAGAUGUUCCAGAAUUACCAAUUAUGGGAGUUUUCGGUCCCAUAGAAACAGCAAACAGAACCGUACCAGUCAUCGAUCCACCUCAAGAACCUUCCAGCAAUAAUGAGGAGGAUCCAGAAAUUGCCCGAAAACACCAACUUGAAGAUGAAUCAACUUCAAAUUCGAAUUCAAAUUCAAACUCAAAUGGUCCUCCAGGAAAGAAACUUCGGCUGACCAAUGGCUAUGAAAAUGUAAAUUCAAAUGGGAUCUCGAAUGGAAAUGGAAAUGGAAACGGGAAUGGGAAUGGGAAUGGAAACGGGAAUGUGAAUUACUACGAAUCAGCUUCAACACCCAUGGAAAUUGAUGGCGAUGAUGGUCACGCUUAUCCAUCGCCGGAGCAACUACCAUCACCAAUAAUCGCCACGGAUGGUCCUGAACGGGGCACUCAAAUGGAGAAAGUCUCAGAACUUGGCACGGAAACAAUGUACCUUGAUUUAUUGGACGAUAACCCAUCAAAGUCGACGAUUUUAUUACAUUGCGAAUGGAAUCCAAGAAUUCCAAAGAUCUUGGCUGCUGCGGGUACUGAUGCGUUAGCUCGAAUGUGGGACCUAUCGCGUACGGUGGCCGAUCAGACCAACGGAACUCAUACUUUCCCUCAUACUUCAGGCAUGAAUGGAAAUGGAUCUUUCCCACCAUGUACUCAUCUUCUCGAACCUCUCGCGCCCCCAAUGACAUUAGUUAAUGCCCUUACCUGGGCAUCGGAUGGGUCUCAUAUUCUCGUUGCUAGUGAACAAUUGGAAGGAAGCUCAACCAUCGCUGUUUGGUCUGAUAAAGGUCAACAAUUGCAUACCUCUGCUCCAAUGGAAGCUCCGAUCAUUUCCUUGAAAUGGAAUUUCUCAAACACUUUGUUCAUGUCAAUUUCUCCGACGACGAUUGAAGGAAGUGAUGUCAAAGGAGCAGUCUUUACCAUCACUUCGAUAACCGACUUUCGAUCCAUACAACACAUAAUCCCUCAGCAUAAUCUUGCCGAUCACCCACUCGAAGCUGUUUGGACGAGUGACGAAGAUUUCAUCGUGUGCGGAGGUGAUGUUCUUACGGCAUUUCGCAUUACUGAUGGAGUCGUUACUUUUGAGAGGCAAUUUGAGACUCGCGAAGAUCAUCAAUUGUCGAAAAUCACUUAUGACUGGAUUUCAAAGUUACUUGCUACUGGUAGUGAAACCGGUCAUUCUCGAACAUUCAAUGCUCAUACCGGAUUGAUCACUUCCCUCAUAUGGCAACCGUUACAGCCUCCCAACACAGUGAAUGAUACCAGUGAAAGAUUAUUAGCUUCAUCUAGUGAAGAUGGCGCCAUUAGCAUUUGGAACGCUCGAUCUUCGGAACCAAAGCAAAAAUGCUCAAUGACAAUUGGCUCAUCUAGUGUUUUGGCACUUUCAUUUACUCCAGAUGGAGCAUUUAUCGCUGGUGCGACUAGUGAUCGAGUCCUCAUUUGGAAGGUAGAGGAUACUUACAUCCCUCGCGCAAGUUGGACUAGACCACCUGGAAAUGGUUGGCAAACACCACAGUCGAGUGACUCGGUUGCUGAAGAAGAUGAACAUGUUUUGAGUUGGGAUGCUCAUGGUCAAAAGCUGGCUUAUGGUUGCAAUAGCGUGUUGGCAGUUAUUAACUUCAGUCGUUGA